GCAGCAGCAGCAGCAGCAGCAGCAUCACGUACUUCGUGCAAAGAGCGAGAGAGAGCACAUCCAUCGCGCGCUCAGCAGAGGUGCAAUCGUUUAGAGCCCUUGCGACAUGCCAUGCGUAGACCAUCUUUGCCUCGAUGACAAUUAGUGUAUGAUCGGAUUUUUCGUGGUCAUGGACCCCGAGUCGCCGUGCUCAGAUUCGAUUGCGCGUCCAGGCAUGUGUAGGCUACGUGAUGAUCCCAUCCGCGUGCGACAUGGUCGAAGAUGCCUGCUAGGUGGAUGCCAAUGUCGUUCGAAUGAUAGCUCUCCCAGAGGCCUGCGACUCGGAGCGAAAAAUGGCUCACCCUUACGUCCAUUCACAUUGUUGGGCACUCGAGGGCUUGCGAUUCAGCACUUGUCAUCAGCCUACGUGCCAACAGGCACGAGACUCGCGACUCUUCGCUCUGAUUCGAACGCGCGACCUCCUCUGCCAGUCGAGGUGGAUGCGGACAUUCAAAGGUCGUGUGGUCGAAAGCGGGCCAUCGUGCUGUAAAGCAACAUUUUGAUUUCGAUUCAAGAUUCUUGAUUUCCGUGAUUUGGCUCUUGAGCCCGUUCAAAAGAUCCACCAAGUCACGUGCUGAUCCCCAAGUCACCGCCAUGCGGUGUAGCAAGAUGGAAAUG